GCGAAAACAACAGUACAAGCGACAGUGAAGCUGAGAUGCAAUACUUAUUUAAUCGGAGUAAGAUCACAGCAUCUGGCAAUCCGAGGGUAAAAUACCUUUCGAAUACUUGCAGAACUGAAACUAGCAAACGAUCUAGUGGCCAUAAUCCGUUUCACGAAAGACGUCGUGCCUUGACCGCAAGCACCCCAUUGCGGGGCAGAAGCCAUGAAGCACCUAAAAAAACUUACGGAACCAAAUCUACCCAAACAGAAUAUCCACCAGCAAUACACGCCAAAAUCCAAGAGUUGGAAGAUGUUUUGGUGACAUUGUACAAAAAAUUCGAACGUGUUGUACAAAAUUCGAAUCCUAACCUAGUAUUGCCCAGUUUAAUUAGACCAAACAAUGAGAAUGCUAGCGUCUCAAGAGCUCAACCGAGGUCUAGAAAUAUGGGGGCAUCAAACGCAAAUGAUCUUAACGCGCUAUGUCAGCCUAGCACCAGUCGUGCAGGAUUGCAGCCGCGACAGCAAGUUAAUGAUGCCUUAUUCAGACACGCCGACGAAGCAAUGGCAGAACCGGAAAAUAAUUCUCAAAUGCAAAUAGACCCGGAGAGACCAGCAGCUGGCGGUUGUGUGGUUCGUAGGAUGUCUGCACAGACCACUAAUAACCUUGAUUCAGAUAUGGUACCCAUCGGUUUUGGAAAUACGAGGGUGUCUGCUAAGGUCCUGAACAAAAUCGAUUGGAAGUCUCACACUACUGCAACCAGACAGUUAUUGCAAGCUGUUUUUUCUAGAAAAACUCUAGCUACACAUACGCUCACCGGAAAACAAUCGCCUGCAUUUGCUAAUAAGCCGGCAAAGAAAAUUCUGGAUCCCGCUCUUGUAGAGGAUGUCGUGAAUACUGUUUCGCAGAGGUGUGGCGUACCUCCGAACUUGAUCAGGGGCGUUAUAACUAACAAGUGUCAAGACGAGUCAAGGUUGUAUCGUAUGCGCAGGGGCCGCCAAAGUCACGGUCCGAAUGAAAGCGUUGAACUAUCGAGCUCAUCGGAUGAUACCGACAAUUAA